AUGGUAGAAGGACCUCACGCCCCGGUGGCGCCAGCUGCAGACUCGGCGACACAACAGCCGCAGACCGAGUCGCCAACAGAGCGACAGGUAGAGCGGCAAAUAGAGCAUCAGACACAGGCGCAGAUUGUCGCCCUCCAGGCCGCGACAACAAUAGAGCCAGGCACUGACGAGUCCGACGAUGGGUACGGGACCGACUAUGAUUCGCGGGCAUCGACAUCGAUAUCCUCGAGCGUGCGAGACUAUGCAUUCGAGCAUGGUCGACGAUACCACCAGUACCGUGCUGGGCAAUAUCAAUUCCCCAAUGACGAGCCAGAGCAGGAGCGCGAGGACAUGAAGCAUUCGAUGGUGGUUCACCUCUGCGGAGGGAAACUUCACUAUGCGCCGCUUAAAAAUCCUCAACAGAUAAUUGACCUUGGGACGGGCACUGGCAUAUGGGCAAUUGACAUGGGCGAUGAAUACCCCAGCGCCCAAGUGCUUGGGACCGACUUGUCCCCUAUACAACCCUCGUUCUUACCACCCAAUGUCAGAUUCAUGGUAGAUGAUGCAGAGAGCCCGUGGUUUAGCGCGCCAGAUUCUCUUGACUUUGUCCACGCGCGCAACAUGUGCGCAGCAAUCAAAGACUGGCCUCAGCUUCUCUCGCAGGCGUAUACAUGUUUGAAACCUGGUGGCUGGGUUGAAAUUCAAGACCCACACUAUCAGGCCAGAUGCGAUGAUGGCACUAUGAAUGAGGACUACCCGGUAGCAAAAUUCUUCAAUACCGUGAAAGAAGGGCUUGCGGUUUUUGGGGUAGAUCUACUAGGGGCCAAGAAAAACGCCGACCUCCUGCGAGAUGCUGGAUUCACCAAUGUCGAAGAGAAGGUGUUUAAGAUACCUAUAGGUGUGUGGCCCAGAAACAAGACGAUGAAGCUUAUCGGGCUUUACAUGCGGUCAGUGAUCUAUGACGGUCUCCAGGCUAUUAGUCUCGGUCCUUUCACAAGAGGGCUUCAUUGGACACCUGAAGAAAUCGAGGUGUUCUUGAUCAGCGUGAGGAAGGCACUUAUGAACCAGGCUACCCAUUCUUAUGUUACUUUUCACGUCGUAUACGGCCAGAAACCUGGGGAGAGCUAG